AUGGCGAUUCAAGAUGGCGGUGAACUGUAUGUCAUGCUUGAAGGAAAUUUCCAUGAUGGCGGUGAAAGGCAUAUGGCGAGAUCCCCAGCCCUUGUGGGGCCUUCCCCAUGUGCCAAUUCAUUGUUAACCCACAGCAUUGCAUUUGCAUCCAUUCAUUGCUGCAAAAGUCUUCCCCCUUCUGCUCCUCCUUCCUUUGCUCAUCCCCUCAUCCCCUCUUCCCAUGGGGGCAACAUCUCCAUCUAUUGGGGUCAGAAUGGAAAAGAAGGCAGCUUGGCCGACACCUGUGCCUUCGGCCACUAUGGCAUCGUCAACAUAGCUUUCUUAUCCACAUUUGGCAAUGGUCAGACACCAGUCCUCAACCUCGCCCGCCACUGUGAUCCGGCCGCCGGUAACUGUACUGGCUUAAGCAGCGAUAUCAAAGCCUGUCAAGCUAGCGGGGUCAAGGUGUUGCUGUCCAUCGGCGGUGGCGCUGGCAACUACUCCCUCAGCUCAGCCAAGGACGCCCGGAGUGUAGCAAACUACUUGUGGAACAACUUUCUUGGCGGCAACACAGGUGCUGGGCCACUGGGCGAUGCUGUGCUGGACGGGAUUGACUUCGUCAUCGUUGGCGGCAGCCCCGACCAUUGGGACGACCUAGCCAAGGCAUUAUCAGGUUUCAACCAAGGAAAGAAAGUCUACUUGGCCGCAGCCCCACAAUGCCCAUUCCCAGACGCCUCGCUAAAUGGUGCAUUUUCCACCGGCCUCUUCAAUUACGUCCAAGUCCAAUUCUAUGGAAACCCUCCCUGCCAGUACGCAGACGAUAGUGCCGACAAUCUCAAGAACUAUUGGAACCAAUGGACAACCAUUCAAGCUGACCAACUGUUCCUGGGGCUGCCGGCAGCACCAGAAGCUGCCGACAGCGGCUUUAUUGACCAGAAUGUGCUGGUGCUUGAUGUUCUUCCGGAGAUUAAGGGUUCUUCUAAGUAUGGAGGUGUGAUGCUUUGGAGCAAGUUCUAUGAUAAUGGCUAUAGCUGGGCUAUAGAAUCCAAUGUUUGA